UUAAGGGUUCAAGCUUCUGUCCAAGAUUAAGUGUGGACAUAAUGCACAUGGUAAAAUAUUAUCAGUGUAAAUUAAACAGAAAAUGUUUGUUUUAGAUGUAGAAGCCUCAUCUAGUGAUCUUCUGGGAGAAUCUUUUUAGUGAAGAACUUCAAAUUUGGAGAGGACAUGGCAGCCGCUACAGAAACACCUCAUGUGAAGAUAGUAUUGCUGGGAGGACGGUGGGCAGGGAAGAGUUCAUCUGGAAACACCAUUCUGAACAAGGAGGUGUUUGGCAUCAGGGCCCAAACAGAAGCAUGUGUCAUGGAAACUAACAAAAUUGCAGGUACUCAGGUCACUGUGGUGGACACACCAAGCUGGAACUGGGUUCCUGCAGAGGACACAUCUGAUGAACUUAAGCAGGAACUCAAAAGAAGUGUUGAGAUGCUUGGCAGAGGACCCCAUGCAUUUCUACUGGUUUAUCCUUUAGGUGCCCCAUUUGUGAAAAGGCACAAGAUUGCUGUGCAGGAGCACUUAGAGCUUUUGGGUUUAAAUGUUUGGGACCACACCAUGGUCUUGUUUUCCAGAGGAGAUUGGUUGGGGGAGAAGACUAUUGAAGAACAUGUAGAGGGAGUAAAAGAAGAACUCAAAUGGUUGGUGGAACAGUGCAAGGACAGAUAUCAUGUUCUUAACAAUAAGGUCAGAAGUAAUGAAAUGCAAGUCAUUGAACUACUGGAGAAGAUAAAACGGAUGAUACAAAAGAAAAGAAAGUGGAGCAAGACUGAACCACCUGAAAUUGCUGGAGAACCCUCUGCUGCUUCUGAACAUGGAGAACCUUCAACAAAAAGACCAAAGUCAACUUGACUUCAUGUUAAUAGAGGUUUUAUAGGUGUGCAUUGAUAUUUAUUUCAUGAAGUUUAUGUUUUAUGAAGAAAAAAUGACCUGGUAACUGUACUUUUAAGAAUCUGCCUAUAAGGUAAAAGAGUAGUUUUGGAAGUAUUACUGUAUGUUUGCAGUUCAGUUCAUAUUUCAUGAUUGAAGUUUCUGUGUGUUUGUAAAUAAAGUUUGCCAAAGAUAAAAUUAUAGCAAAUUGCUGAUUGUUAUUACAUUCAGUAGUGACACACACAGUCAGACACACUGUAGUCACAAUAAAACUUUUAUUUCUGUUACUACAGGAAAGGAAUUCUGCCCAGAAAAAAAUAAAUAUGUAUUUAUGGAUCACCUUCAACAUGACCUUGUUUAAGGCUGCAACUAAUUAUUAUGUGGAUUUUUUACUUGCUCUGCAAUGGCUACAAGUGUAUGGUCUGCUUCUCUUAUACAGCAUUUCUGGAGUUGGCACUGAACUAUAACAUUGAUAACAAACUCAUUUGGCCCUAUCAGCUUUUUAACAAGGCUUUUAUUGGAGGAUCCUUUUUGUUGCCUUGUGCGUGAUGCUGCUGUGAAAUGCUGCUUUGCAUAACAGGCAUGUUGUGACUUUUAUGGGCUACCUUUUUUGAGCUCAUCUCUCUUUACUGCAGCCUUCAUUUAAA